CUACACUGUGACGUUGUCACGCUUCGCUUCCAUCUAUCCUCAAGUUCAGCGACCUCGACACGGCGGAAGAUUUUUAGACGGCAAAAUGGGCUCAACAAGGUCAGUAUCUACUCGCAUUGCUUCGCUGUGUCGCAUUUGCAUAUUCCGCUGGUGGAGAUAUCUCUGGAUGGCUUAGAAUGGGGUGGAUGGCUUGGAUGUGAUCUGGAUGAAGUGCUUCUCGGUGCAAGGUCAAGACCGUACUCAUGCUUCCUCCUGAUGCACAGACUCUACUCAAAGGGACGCGUCCUCGGCCACAAGCGCGCCAAGCGCAACACUCGCCCCAACACCUCCCUCAUCCAGAUCGAGGGUGUCGCAACGAAGGAGGAUGCCCAGUUCUACCUCGGCAAGCGUGUAGCAUACGUCUACAAAGCCAAGAGGGAGGUCCAGGGCUCGAAGGUCCGCGUGAUUUGGGGCCGUGUCACCCGUCCACACGGCAACUCCGGCGUUGUGAAAUCAAAAUUCAGAUCCAACCUUCCUCCACGCGCAUUCGGUGAAAGCGUCCGCAUUAUGCUGUACCCCUCGACGGUCUGAUUGUACCACCCUCUUACCUGCUUCACAUCCUACGUAUUCAUAUUGCGUAUGACAUGUCAUAUGAGCCGCAUGCACCUUAUAAAACGCAUCCAAAGACA